UUGGGAAAAUUAUAUUUAAUCAGAUUGAUAUAUCUGAACUUCACACUGCUACAAAGGAUGAUUACUAUAAGUCAAUAGCUAGUAUUACUUUUUAAGUAUAAAUACUUGCUAUACUUAUAGCAAUUGUUCUUUUGUUACAAAAAAACAUAAUAAAAAUGCACGGUAUCAGAAGAAUAUUAGUUUUCUGCACAAUGAUAGUUAUCUUACCAGUUACACUUUUAAUAAUUCCUCUAUAUCUACGGCAUAGUCUCUAUGCAGAUGUUGCAUAUGCUGUAACAGAAUCUGAUAUUAUGGAAAUCAACGAUGGAGUUUCGUCUAUAUUUUGUUCAGAACAUACAAUACAGAUGAAUGGUACCUUCAAUGCUUUUCAAAUGACACAACGACCAGAAGUAACAUCAUAUCGAAAACAUAUAAGGCUGAAAAAAAGCAUGAGUUUGCCAGAUGACACAUUAGAAUAUUGGGGAUUUUAUUUACUAAAAGGAGCGACUGUAGUUCUCUCUGUGUGUUCAAGGUUUGAAGGAGCUUCUAUAUUAGUGGUGAAAGGAGAAAGGAAUUUACAAACUUGUGACUUGUUGCAACACAACAAUGAGAAGGAACAAACAUUUUUUAUGCCAGGUGCCAAUAAACAAGUUAAAAUAAUAUAUGAAUCAAAUGCGCAAGAGAUUGAUUCUAGUGAAAUAUUCGAGACUGUUCAAAUGCAUAAUAAUAAUAAUACACAAUCACAUGCGAAUGUAAAUUCUAAAGAUCUUUUAGAGAGAGAUUUUGAAGUUUCUACAACAGAUAAUAUAAAAAAUACAAAGACACAUCCAAAUUCAAUAGCUUCAGAAAGUGAAAGUAAAGGAGAGAUAUGGUAUAAUAAGGCGACCCUUUACAUUCACAAAUAUAAAAACAGUUCUCGAACAGCAGCAGUAAUCAACACUAGAGAAGCGAGAUAUGCUACGAAUAGACAACGUAAUACGAAGAAGAACAGGAGGAAAAGAAUAACAAACGAUAAAAAAAAUAUUCAAAAUCGAUCCAGAAAAAUGCGUGUAAAAAAAUUAAAACAAAUAUUGUAUUCAUAUUCAUUCAGCGAAAAAGAUAUGAAUAAACGAGUGACGGAGAUGGAAAGUAGCAGACUGAACAUCGAAAGAAUCAAAAGAAGUCGAGAACUCAUAGAGCCAUCAUUGCUAGAUCAAGGCAUUAGACACGGAGGUAAUGCCGAUAAAAAUAUGUCUGAAUCCAAUGAGGCGUCGUCCCUUUCUAGUUUCGAAUAUGACUUAUUUAAUUGUUAUGGCGGAUCAAUAUUAUUAGCACACGAGUUCGAUCCUUCUAGCCAAUGUACUAAUAUUAGCUAUUUAAUUGGUGGUAAACAUACACAAACAAGUCACCACGUUGAAGAUAACGGCUAUUAUUAUUAUAUUUUCUACAGCGAUAAUGACAUCGUAUCCAAUGAUAUUUAUGCGCUCUUCGAUAUAUAUAAGCCGACUUUUCAGUAUGAGAAUAUAACCAAAUCGUGUAUUAAUCAAACCGAAUGCUCAUUUUCUUUAAAUAUGUUAUCGUCGGCCAGAGUGAUUGUUGAGAUCCCAACUAGAGAUGGCAUAGAGCACAGUGAAAUGGAUGAUGUUAGUAUGCUGAUUUCUACAUGCCAUCCGCGAAUGGGUGCAUACGUUAUUUUUCCAAUUGCAAUAAUGUUUCUAAUUCUUGGCUGUGCUUUCAUGUGAAUAUGUAUAGCUCUAUAUAUUUUGAUUCAUAAAGAUACUCUCCAAACUAAAUGAAUACCAGUUGUAGAAAAUAUAAAAGUAUUAUUCUGUUAAAAUUG